CUUUUUCUGUACAACUUACAUCUUUUUCUUUUCUUUUCUUUCUUUUUCUUACUGUAGAUACCUGAACAGGUCCAGCUUACACUUAAAACUUACUACCUUGCACUCAACGAUCUGUUGCUUUUCCUUAACCUCUACAACCUCCCCCUCUAUUCUCCCUUGGAAUCACUCUACCGACGUUACAAUGCCUAUGAAAUGGACUGCUGAAAAUGACCAGCUGCUGCUCCUCAAAAUCCUCGAAACCCACGAUCUCUCCGUCGAUACCAAGCGAGUCGCCGAAGCCUGGCCUUCCCUCCCGGGACAAGACCUUCCCACCCCGCGCGCCAUCACCGAACGUCUAGUUCGCAUGCGCCAGCUCGUGAAAUCCAACAACAACGCAGAAGCCCGUUUCAGCAUCGCAAAAGGCACGGGGUCUUCCAGCGCGCAUUCCACCCCACGUAAGCCACAUAGGGCUGCUACUGCAUCUAGCACUCCUGGUUCAGGGAAACGCAGGCGCAUUAACGAUGUGAACUCGACUUGGCAGCAUUCAGAUUCGGACAGCAUCUCACCCGUCAAAAUGGAGCUAGACGUCGAUGGUGGCCCUAUCACGCCUACUAAGCAGCCGCUCCGUCCUACAACUGCAGGUAUGAACCAGGGCCAGAAGCAUACUGAGAUUGGUAGUGGUAGUAGUACGAUUAAGCUCGAGAAGGAGGAUGUCACUGUUGUUAUGGGGGGGAACGAUGUGACUCCAACCAAACGGUCUCGUAGGGCUAGUACCCUGCCUCCUGGAAUCGUUACGUAUGUCGUGGAUGAGGAUGCGGCGGAUGAUGUAGAGAGCUCAGCUUCGGAGUACGCCCCUGAUGAAUCGGCUCCGAUGGAUGAUUAUGAGGAGUAUGCCUGAUAUUAGAAGAUUUUCGGGUAUUUCUGUGUAUGAUUAAAGUGUGCUAGAAUCGCUUUUAUUUAAUUAAUUGCUUGAAUUGGGACCUGGAUGGAGCCGAGGAAGGUUUUUGACAGCGUCUUGUGCGG